GGAGCGGGCCGGGGCGGGCGGACAAUAGGGGCAGUCUGCGAGUGACGCCGCGGUGAGUGGCCGGCGCGGGGGGCGCGGGGACCCCCCUCUCCUGACGCCGGUCUGUGUGCCCGCAGGGCGGCGGUGGCGGCUUCCAGCGCGGGGCGCCGAGCGGAGCCGAGCCGAGAAUAAGAUGUCUCAAACGAGGAGAAUCCGCGGGCACUUCGUCCUCUCCAGCUACACCAAUGGAGCACCAGAAGAGGAAACCUACAGUAACCGCCGAACAAUUCCAGACACCACAGAGCAAAUGGAGUUUAAUAUCAGCUCAGCUACCCAGGUUGGCCGUCAGCUGGCCCUGAUUGGGGAUGAAUUUAACAGGAGGUACCACUGGAAGUUUGAAGACACGCUGCUUCACCUGGCACACGGGGUUGCUAUCAGUGUUUUCCAGACGUGGAAUAUUAUUAGAAGUGUUAUAAGAAGCUUUGGAACUAUUUUGAACAAUAACUGGACAAAGAGGAUCGUCGGUUAUGGAAGCUGGAUUUGCAGGCUUCCUUUUAGGUGCGUCUGCCAGAAGCUGGUGCCUGCAGCCUUGCUUGUUGUUGCCUUUUGGUGGGCCAUGAAUUAUGGACUGCAGAAUUAACACAGAGAAUUACAAUAGGAGGUCAUUGCUGGACUCUGACCAAUAUCAUUAACACCCAGGUGGUGGCAGUUGGUUUGUUUUUCAAAUUUACACUGAUAAAAAUCUCUUUUAUAUUUAAAACCUAGGCUAGUGCUGGGUCACUGCUGUUUCGUACCUUUUUUAAAGAAGAAAAACGUUUAAAAUAAGGAGGUUGUUGCUGGAUAACUGCCUGACUUGCUAGUUUUGAAAUGUGACUCCAGGCGAUUAGAAAGUCUGUCUUUUUUUUUUUUGAGUUUGUUUUACUGCAAUAUAAAGUGUCUAUUUCAUAUAAAUGAGUUUCUUAAAGAGAUUCCGGAUGUGAGGAGGACUGAAGGCAUGCUGGACAUCCUUUAAAUUUUAACACUGUAAAAACAAUAGUAAAGAUUAAAACCAUGAUACUUUUUUUAAAAAUUAAAUUGUUGCUUCAAAUGUU